AUGGACAUAAAAUAGAUCUAAAAUACAAAGAUUCUUCAACCUAUAAGACAAAAAUAGGUUAAAUCCUCAAAGUACUUGAAGGACUUAUUGGAUAGUAAAGAGAUUUACAAGAUAAAUCAGAAUUAGUUUGAUUUUGGCUUGAAGCUUUAAUAUUAUGAUGACUAAAACAAAACUAGCAAAAUCAAUGAAGAAUUGGAAACAUACUUGACAAUGAGUGUUGCAGAAGAAAUCAAAGUAACACUGAAUAGUCUGGGCUAUGAUGCCCUAAAAAUCUAUCAUUUGAGCUUUAAGGGAAUGUUGGAAGUCCAUAUCGUAAAUUUCUUUACAUAACUGAAUGUCUCUUAUACUCAAAAUAAUAAAAUUGGGAAGAAGCAUAUUACUUUAAAAGAUUCAUGGUUAACAGGGAUUUUUCCAGGAGAAAAACAUGAGUAUCUUAGUAUUUCUUCACAUUCUAACACAAUAUCAUCUUCAGGUGAAAAUUAUGAUGUAAUAUCAAGUGUCUUUUAUUUCAUGGAUGAUGAGGUUGAAACCAUCGAGAGAAUCAGCGAUACUUUGCUCGAUAUUUUUUCUCAGGUUGGUGGUAUAUUGACUUUAACAUCUGUAAUAUGCUGA